AUGGCCCGUGGGAGACUCCUUGUACUUGGCGCUACAGGAGCCACUGGUCAGCUUGUUGUACAGCAGGCACUAGAAAAAGGCUGGCAGGUGACCACCUAUGGGAGACGGACGCUGCCAGAACACGCCAACAACGCCGACAUCACGACUUUUGAAGGCGCACUCGACGAUGAACCGUCCCUGUGUACUGCGAUCAGCGGACAGGACGUGAUUAUCUCCCUCGUCGGCCCUUCAGGGAUUACCGCCACCGCAACAGAAGUCUUCGUGCCUGCGUAUAAGCUCAUCUUGUCAACCAUGCGCCGCGAAGGCGUGAAACGAAUCAUCGCACUCAGCACCUUUAGCGUCCAAGAUCCGAAUGAUCAAUUCAGCCUUUCGCGAUGGCUUGCCGUGACCGCGCUCUGGGCAAUGGCGAAUAAGGUCUGGAAGACUGUCGUCGGUGUCUCUCAGGUGUUUGGGGAGGAAGGCGAUCAGAUUGAUUGGACCUUGUUUCGUGUCGGUUUCUUGGCAAAUGGACCGCCGAUGAAGGUGGUUGACGGCUACGUCGGUGAUGGUACACUGGGUUUGUAUCUGCGACGAGCAGAUAUUGCUGCGUGGACUCUUUCCCAGGCAGAAAAGUCACAGCCACAAUUUGUACGACAAAGACCUGGCAUUUGUUCUGUAGCUCAAUAA